AUGGCCGCUGGAAUGAAAAGGAAGAGAGGACAUGCUACGCAAACCCUCCCGGCAAAACGUCGUCCAUCGAGUCCGGAGAAGGACGCAGACUCUGUACUGAGCGAUGCGGACAUGCUUGCAGCGGGAGAUACCCACGCCCCGCACUCAAACGACCUGUUGGACGAGAGCGAAGAAGACGAAGAAGCAGGCACGAACGAAGAGCAAUGGGCUGGACUGGGCGGCGAGGCCGCUACCGCGGGAUCUGCAGGAGAACAUCCUGGAACACAUAAGAACCAGCCCCCGAAGGGCCAGGAACUGAGGAACAUCAAGGACGCUUCGGAGCUGUAUCGUUCGACUUCCUUUAAGCUGCAGAUUGAUGCCCUGCUGCCCAACGUUCGGCCAAAGUACUCGCGCGCCGCGCCGCUCGACCGCUUCCUGCUGCAGCUCCACGCAUUCCUCAACGCGCUCCCGUCCUCCGCGGCGCAGCACCCUCUCGAAGCGGCGCGUGAUCUCCAGAAGAAAGGCAUCUCCGUCCCGUUCGCGCUUCCUGCCCCCACCGCAGAGACAAAUUGGAAGGUCGCGUUCGAGAGGCCUGCGGAGAUUGUCCUGGCUUUGUUCCAAGAGAAAGACUACCUGCACAGCCGAUUCUUCCACAAAAGAGCAUACUAUCUGUCUGUCAUCGCUGCAGCAAUAUCGGACAAGAGCGGCAUGAACGUCGAGGUCUUUUUUGAGUCACCGACUGGCGACCCUCGACUGACCACGCUCAUUCUGCGUCCGCGAAACGGUGACUCAGAAACUGAUUUCUCGGGCCUGAACGCGGAGAUCCGCAUCAUCCCUGUGCUGUCCCCGUCGUCGCCCAUUCCUCUCCAACGCCUCUCCCCCGCGCGCUCGAACAUCCGCACGUCCGGCGACGCCAGCGACACCCCCACGCCGCUAUACAACUCCGCCAUCGCCCUCUGCACGGCCUACAAGCGGCAUUUCCUCGGCACGCACAACCUGAAGGAGUCUGUGCCCGCCUUCGCGGACGCGCUCGCACUGCUGCGCGUCUGGGCCAACCAGCGCGGGUACGGCGCGGGCGACCGGCUCUGCGUCCGCGGCUUCGAGCGCCGCGGCAUGUUCUGGGUGUCCGUGCUUGAGCUGCUCGUGCACGGCGAGGAGUCCGCGGCGGGCGGGUUCGGCAAGGCAGUGAAGCGCAAGCCUCUCGGCAAGGGCCUGAGCUCGUACCAGCUCUUCAAAGCUGCGCUUGAUUUCCUGGCGCGACAUGAUUUCUCGAAGGACAGAGUGUUCGUCAAGUCGGCGGAUGGACACCGAUUUCCGCCCGAGACGUAUGCGUCGCAUGAAGCUGUGUUCGUCGACUCUAGCUCAACUGUCAACAUGCUUGCUGCUUCCGAUGAUCCAUUUUCGUCUGUGUUUCUCAAGGAGCAGCGCGAUAUCGCAUCUCGCUUUGACGUCGUUCUGCGAUCUAUGACUGACUUCGGCACCAGGGUUGAUCUGUCCUCCGCAAAGCUGCACAAGCCGUCUCAACAUGCUAUUUUGGAGCAUGGAUCUGCAUAUAAUGCACUCAUCGCCACGAUGUUGUCAGCUCUCCGAACGGGCUUUGGAAACCGUACGAAAGCCGUCGCGGUGCUGCACCCGUCCCCGCAGGCGCGGCCAUUAUCCCAGGCCAAUCCCUCCAACCCGUCAAUUGUCUAUGUUGGCCUCAUUCUCGAUACGGAGCAUGCUUUCCGGCUCGUCGACCAUGGCCCUGCCGCGGCCGAGCAGGAAAGCGAGGCUGCACGACAGUUUAAGGACUUCUGGGGCGACAAGGCGGAACUUCGUCGCUUCAAGGACGGCAGCAUCGUGGAGAGUGUUGUAUGGGCUGUCGGCAAUCAGGAUGAACGCGCACAGAUCCCGACAUUCAUCGUGCGGCAUGUCCUCAAGCGCCACUGCGGUAUCGCCGACGACGCAAUCCAUGCAUGGCAGGGCCAGUUCGACUCCGUGCUUCGGUUACCGGAGUCUGUCUCUGCCAUCUACCAGACGGCCGGUGUACCCGCUGGGUUCAAGGCCGCUAUGACGGCUUUUGAUAACCUAGUCAGGGCGAUGAAGGCGCUGGACGAUAAGCUUCCCCUCGCGAUCCUGAACGUCAGCCCUGUCGCGGAAGCACUGCGAUACACAAGCGUGCACAGCCCCGUCUCUGUGCCCGCAUCGUUGGCAUCUGCGCUUCCACCGAGCGCCCGCUACCUCGCGCCGAUGCACAUCGUCGUCGAAUUCGAGAAGUCCGCACGCUGGCCGGACGACCUGCGCGCGAUCCAGAAGAUCAAGCUGGCGUUCUUCGAGACGCUCGCGACGGCGCUCAUGGCCACGCAGAAGGGCCUGCGGGCAGCCGUCUCGGUCCACGACGGCGGAGCGCCCUCAGAAAUCCGGGACCAGGCGUCCCUCGAGAUCGUCACCGCAGAAGGGUGGGCCUUCCACGCACGCAUAUGGCACGACCGCGAGGCGACAUUGCUCGAGCGCGCGAUCAACGACAAGCCGCAUAUAUCCAAGCGCCUCCAGCGCCAGAGCGGGGGCGAUCCGCGCGAGCGGCAGGCCGCGUUGGACGCACAGGAGGUGUACCGCCGCCGUUUCAUCCACGCACCGCGGCAUCACCGUGCAGUGGCCGCGCUGAACCACCGCUUCCCCGCGUUCUCUGGCACGGUGCGACUGGUGAAGCGGUGGUUUGCGUCGCAUUGGCUCCUGCGUGGGCACGUCAGCGAGGAGGCCGUAGAGCUGCUCUGUGCGGGCAUCUUUCUGCGACAUAGUCCUGUCGCAAGCGAAGAUGGCGUCGCCGAUCGCAAGGCUGGUGUUCCGGGUUCCAAAGAGCGCGGGUUCGCACUGGCAAUCGAGCUGCUGAAAGACUGGGACUGGAGCACAACAAUGUUCGUCCCCCUCUAUGGCAGUGAUGAUGCGGCAGGAUCAUCGGGGGCUGCGGCCGGCGUCAUCGCCGGUGCCAAGGCGGGCGUUUGGACGCUCCCCACAGAGCGCGAUCCAGAUGGACACAUGUGGACGGCCAAAAGCCCAGAUGCCAUCGUUGCGCGGAGGGUGCGCGCGCUCGCAAAGGCGACAUGGGAGUGCCUAGGAGGCAUCGAGUCCCGGAAGCUCGACGUCGCGGCAUUGUUUGCGCACCCCACGGAGCACUACGACUUCAUCGUGGAGCUCGACCCGGCGGUGCUGCCGCGCUAUCACCAGAACAUCCAGGCCGACGCGAGCGUGUGGGCGCGGAAGGGUAAGUACGCCAACGCGCGUGCCGACGACGAGACCGCACGGCUGCUGCCCGGCUUCGACCCCGCGCGGCUGCUGUACGACGACCUGAAGGCGCGUCUCCGUGAUUGCGCGCGCGAUCCCGCUCUGACUAAUGAAUGCAACUGA